AUGGAUUUAUUGAAAGAGUAUGAAGAAGAUAAUGAAGAAUUGGGAACGGGAUAUGAAAAAAAGUCAAGUGAAGAAAAAUUCAAUAAUAAUGAUACAACAAAGGAUACCAAAGAAAUUCCAAAUAAUAUGGAUAAAAAAAGUAAUGGGUUAAAAGAAGAAAAUAAUAAAUUAACAAAUAUAUAUUCCACAAAUUUAAUAAAUUGUGCCCCCGAUGUAAAUAUAUUUGAUUUAGAAAUAAAAAAUUAUAAAGAAAAAUUCCAAAAUAUAGAAAAAAAAAUUAUGUUUGAUGAUCCAGGUUUUCAUAAAAUACUGAGUAAGCCACAGCAAGGACCAAGCAUAAAUGAACAUUAUAACUUUUUAAAAAAUGCAAAUAAAAAUCAUUUUAAUGGGAGUAUAGAAACAACUUAUUUGAAUAAAAAUGUAUUUGAUUUUCAGUAUAAUCAAUUUAAUGUAAUGGGAAUAACUGAAAAUCCUUCAUUAAGAAAUUUUUAUAAAAGUAAUUAUGAAAAUUUUAUAAUAUCAAAAAAUUUUGAUAAUGAUAUAGAAAAGAAAGAUGGGUUAACUUUAAAAAGACAUAACAAAAAGAGGGUAAAAGAUAAUAAAUAUGCGUCAGAAAAAUAUAAAAGUCCGUGGGAAUGUAAGGAGGAAGACACAAAAGGAGAUAUGUUAAAAGACAAUAAAAAACAAAAAAAUACAGAAAAUAAUGAAGAAAUUAAAAAGGAUAAAGAUAAAUCAAAUAUAACAAAAAAAAAUAUAUUUAUAAAAUUAGAAUCCUGCAUAUUAGAAGAGGCAAUAAAAAAAAAUGUAGUAAAAGAAAAAAAUACUAUAUAUGAUGACAAAAUAAUUUCAACCUUGCAUAUAAAUGAAGAGAAGGAUAGUUAUUUUAAUACGUCAUGGUUUGAAUUACCAUCAGAGCAUAAAGAAAGAGACUUUAUAAUUGAAGAAAAUUUUCCACCAAAAAAAGAAAUUCACGAAUACAAGGGACAUAAAAUGGGAGUACAAAAAAUUAGAUUUUUCCCCCAAAAUGGAAAUUUUAUUUUGUCUGCUUCCUUAGAUCAUACAUUAAAAUUAUGGGGUGUAUAUAAAUCAAAAAAUUGUAUAAGAACAUAUAAAGGCCAUUUUAAAGGAGUUAAAGAUGUUCUAUUUGACAAAGAUGGUACAAAUUUUUUAAGUUGCAGCUAUGAUAAUAAUGUAAUUUACUGGGAUACAGAAUAUGGAAAAAUAAAAGGAGUUUAUAGUCAAAAAAAGACACCAUAUUGUUUAUGUUUAAAUCAUGAUGAUCCAAAUACGUUUUUAGUUGGUGGCGCUAAUAAUAAAAUAUGCCAUUUUGAUUUUAGAACUGGAAACAUUGAAUUAGAAUAUAAUGAACAUUUACAAGCAAUAAAUACAAUUACAUUAUGUGAAAAUAAUAAAAAAUUGAUCAGUACUUCUGAUGAUAAAAAAAUUUUUAUUUGGGAAUAUGGCUUACCAGUAGUGGUUAAAUAUAUAUCGGAUGCUUCCAUGUAUUCAAUAACAUCGGUUUCUGUACAUCCAAGUAAUAAUUUUUUUUUAUGUCAAUCUAUGAAUAAUACGAUAACUGUCUACGAGGCAACAGGAAAAUUUCGAUUAUUUUCGAGAAAGACUUUUAAGGGUCAUCAUAAUAUUGGUUACUCUAUCAAUGUUUCAUGUAGUAAUGAUGGAAAAUAUGUUAUUAGUGGAGAUAGUAAUGGAAGUUUAUUUAUUUGGAAUUGGAAAAAAAUGUCAAAUUUUAAAAAUAUCAAAGCACACAAAAAUGUGUGUAUUGAUUGUGCUUGGCAUCCUUUUAAAACAUCCAUGUUGGCUACAGCUAGCUGGGAUUCAACAAUUAAAUUAUGGGAAUAA